UUCUGAUACAUUAAAACUAACUCUGCUCCAGUAAGGAUCGAACACGCAACACUUCUUCAUUUACCUAUCAUCAAAACUUGGAAUCGAAGUGGCUGAGAAUCGUGACGGAGACGAGCACUAUGGAAAGUUAAGGGAUAUAUAUUUAAGGAAAUUCUAACGGUCUGCGACCGUCAAUUAAAACUUAGAAAAUUCAAUGUCACUCGUUUGCCCCUUUUCAAUUCAUCAAUUGUAACAGUAUCUCUAUGUGACUUGCCUCACGGCCCAUUCUUGAAUGUAUUUAUAUGCAGCAUCGACUUAUACCAUGCCGGCUCUUGAAAAAUAAACUCCAGUUCCAAAAAGGGGCUACUCUCGCCUCCUAGUAAAUAGUUUGAUAACCUUUCAUACCCCAUCUAUGAAGUUCCUUCGGAUACCUAACUCCCUUUUAAUAUCUUUUGAGUUUUUUUUUUUUCCCUUUUCCAUUAUUUUCUAUUGUCUUAACACCUUCGCAAGGUAUUCUCACCAAACCACAACGGGGCGUACUCUCUGCCAUCUCAUCGAGGUAACAGUAGUUGUGACAGGUAGUUCCUCGUAUUCUAUCGUGGUUGUGUUGGAUACCUCUAUGUAGCCGCUCACGCCAGGUCCCAAUUCGCCAUCGGAUUCGGUCCAGGCGAUCAUUGACGCCAAAGUGGUCAUCGAUGGAUGGUUACCAUACGGCAUUGCGCCAGGAGGGAAUGUAUAUCCGGAUGCCUUUGGGU